AUGCCUGAAUCAAUGACCAAAAAAUGGCCAGAAAAAAUCAUACAAAAUGCCCUUUUAGAAAUGAAAUUGCAAGGGGGAAUAGUACUCCCUCUGAUGGCUAUGAACUUCACAUGGUUUGCAAAAAUAGCCAUCACAACUGCGUUUCUCGGUAGGCUUGGUGAGCUUUCUUUAGCUGGAGCAACGCUUGGUUUUACGUUCGCGAACGUUACUGGAUUCUCAGUCUUGAAUGGACUUAGUGGUGCUAUGGAGCCUAUUUGUGGACAAGCCUUUGGAGCCAAGAAUUUUAAGUUACUUCAUAAGACCCUUGUCAUGUUUGUUUCUUUGUUACUAGUUGUCUCAAUUCCUAUUUCUUUCUUGUGGCUUAAUGUUGACAAGAUCCUCAUUAAGUUUGGCCAGCAAGAAGAGAUUUCAAUGGUAGCUAAAAAGUAUCUUGUUUAUCUUCUCCCUGAUUUGGUGAUCACAUCUUUUUUGUGUCCAUUGAAAGCUUAUUUGAGCACACAAAAUGUUACAAUCCCAAUUAUGUUAACCUCUGCUUUGGGGGUUGCUCUGCAUAUACCUAUAAACGUGCUACUUUCCAUGAAUAAGGGGCUAGAAGGAGUUUCAAUGGCGUAUUGGAUAACAGAUUUAUUGAUCAUGAUUCUUUUGGUUAUUUAUGUUGUGAUAUCAGAGAACAGAAAGGGCGGAAAGUGGAACGAAGGAGGCUGGUGGGAACAGGGGAUUCUUGAUUGGAUCAGAUUAAUCAAACUAUGCGGACCAUGUUGCCUUACAACUUGCCUCGAAUGGUGGUGUUAUGAGAUUUUGGUUUUGCUAACAGGGCGACUUCCUAAUGCUAAACAAGCAGUUGGGGUCAUAGCAAUUGUGUUGAAUUUUGAUUAUUUGAUUUACUCUGUUAUGCUCUCACUCGCGACAUGUGCAUCCAUUCGUGUAUCUAAUGAGCUAGGGGCAGAUAGUUCCAGCCUUGCUUACAGGGCAGCAUACGUGUCGUUAGGCUUGAGUAUCGUUGCAGGCCUUUUCGGUGGCUCAGUUAUGGCAGCAGCACAAGGAAUUUGGGGUCCUCUGUUUAGCCAUGAUAAAGGGGUAAUUAGAGGGGUAAAGAGGAUCAUGUUGCUAAUGGCCUUAGUUGAAGUUGUUAACUUCCCUUUAGCAGUUUGUGGAGGAAUUGUUCGCGGGACAGCGCGGCCUUGGCUAGGGACGUAUGCUUAUAUCAGUGGAUUUUACCUGCUGGCUUUGCCAUUGGGGGUGAUUUUGGCUUUCAAGGUUCAACUUGGCCUUGCAGGAUUGUUGAUAGGGUUCAUGGUUGGAGUAGUUGCUUGUUUGGCCUUGUUGUUGGUGUUGAUUGCUAGGAUUGAUUGGGUUGGAGAAGCUAAUAAAGCACAUAUGCUUGCCUGCAACCAAGAAGAAGGUGGUGGAGAUGACGAUGAUCGGAAAACUUCAUGGGUGGUUAAAGAAAAUGGCUCGUGAAUUCAGAGGUGGAGCUAGA